AAUGGGGUUAUCCACAGUUAACUUUAGAUCAGUAUUUAAAGCGUGAAUUUGUACUCUCAAACAAUGUAUAUAAUUCUGAAAAUUUCAAAGUUUGGAUUCUAAUUUCAACCAAAGAUGCGAAUGAUACUUCAAACACUAAUGAAUCAGUAAUCCUUUCAGCAUGCGAAACCUUUAAACAUAAAGCUUUAAUCACACUAUCAUCUGGACAAGUUCAAGAAGCAACUUGUUAUAGUAUCGCGUCAGUAUUUACACCUCCACAAUAUCGACAUAAGGGUUAUGCUUCGACAAUGAUGAAAUUGCUUUCUGAUAAAUUGAGAUUCGAGUUCAAAGCUACGUUUUCAUUUUUGUACUCUGAUAUUGGUACAGAUUUUUAUGGCAGAUUUGGAUGGAAAGCUUAUUCGCUCACGGAAGUUAGGUUUAAAGUUGACGACAAUUUCACCACACUUUUAGAAAACCCUGAGAUGGUAAUUACGAUUGAUCUAUCUAAUUUAGACAGCGUAAUUCAACAAGAUUACGAACUCAUCAAAAAAGAAUUCUCAAAAUUGAAUAAAAAAAGCUUGGUGGUACUGCCUAUUAAUCCCAUUUACAAUUGGUAUUUCGAAAGAACCAAGCAUUUCUCAAAAUCAAAUGAAUAUCCAAAGACUUUAGGGGUCAAGAUUUUAAAAGAUCAAGACAUUAAUAACCAAGAAUUGUCUGGAGGAUUCGUUAUUUGGCACCACGACUUUCAGUACAAUAAAUUAGAAAUUCUUAGAUUUCGUAGUGAUUCUCCACAAACAACACAAUUAUUAAUCCAAAGAGCUAAGCAAGAAGCCAGUAUAUUUAAGUUCAAGCAAGUUACUUUAUGGAACCCUGAUUUAAAAUUAAUCGAUCUUUCGAAAGAAGGAGAAGUUGUUGAAAUGACCACUAAGUUGCCAUCUUUAGCAUGGUAUGUAGAUGACGACAAUGUGGAUUGGGUUCUGAAUGAGAAAUACGCUUGGUGUUAG